CACUUCCCCCACUACUACCCACAAGUCGAACCGUGGAGAGAUUAGAAAUUAGUCAGAGUCGUAUUCCGUAUUCAUGGUUACACCGCCGCUAGAUAAUUGUUAGUUAUUGUAUUAUAUUAUAUUCUAAUAAUAAAAUAUUAGUCGUGAUAAUGAUCUUACUUGAGAUCAAUAAUAGGAUAAUAGAAGAAACGUUAAAUAACAAAAUAAAGAAUGCCUUGGCAGGUCACAAGCCAGAAUCGAUAGAUAUAACGGUAGCUGACUUUGAUGGAGUUUUGUUCCACAUUUCAAAUGUCGGUGGAGACAAAACCAAAAUUAGAAUUAGUAUCUCGCUCAAGUUUUACAAGCAGUUGCAAGAACAUGGUGCUGAUGAAUUGCUCAAGCACGAGUACGGCCCCUUACUUACUACCGCAGAGGAUGGAUACAACGUGUCGUUACUGAUAGAUUUGGAUAACUUGCCAGAAGACUGGGAAGCAUUAGUGAAAAAUGUGGGUCUUCUUAAGAGGCACUGCUUUGCGAGCGUUUUUGAAAAGUAUUUUGAUUUUCAAGAAGCCGGCGAAGAGGGUCACAAAAGAGCGGUAAUACAAUAUCGUGAUCAGGAAACAUUGUACGUAGAGGCAAAAAGUGACAGAGUUACAGUAGUGUUUAGUACAGUGUUCAAAGAUGUAGACGACGUAGUCAUCGGCAAAGUUUUUCUACAAGAGCUAAAGGAAGGGAGACGAGCGAGCCACACAGCACCUCAAGUCGUGUUUAGUCAUCGAGAGCCUCCGUUAGAGCUGCAAGAUUCCGAAGCAGCAGUUGGCGACAAUGUGGGAUACAUCACUUUUGUGCUAUUCCCACGACACACGAAUAGGGAAGCUCGGAAUAACACGAUCGACCUGAUCCACAUGUUCAGAGAUUACCUGCACUAUCAUAUUAAAUGUAGCAAGGCAUACAUACAUUCAAGAAUGCGUGCCAAGACAUCGGACUUCCUGAAAGUAUUGAAUCGCGCGCGACCCGAGCCUAAGAACAUCGAAAAGAAGACCAUAACGGGCCGAACGUUCAUUAGAAAGGAAUGAGCCUAAUAAGUCAAUGGAUAAUGUUAAUACUUAUUAAAACAGAGAUGAGCGAGGGAUUUUCGAUUACCUCGUACCGUCAUCUAAGGUCUGCACAUGCAACAAAAUAAUUUGUCCUUCAAGUGACGGUCCUGUUUAAUAGGAUUAGAAAGCCAAGAGCUUCCCAUCCCACAAAGCCAGAAUUUAUACUAUAGUAUUUGGCUAUACAGGCUAGACAAACGAUAGUUUGAGUUUCGAACAGAAGGAUCCGUUGAUUUUUAUUUUUACUAUGUAUUUUAACCUCGGAAUUUCUUUCAGGGAUUUUUUUGGUCGUCGUACCACUACUGCAUUUACAAGAGUUACAUUAUUUUACAGGACUUGAUUUAAUUUUUUCGUGGUUUCCAGUUAUUGUUUAAAUCCGUAAUAAUUCGUUAUUGAAAAAGCGUAUCAUUAAUGAUGGUGAAUAUUAGUCUAUUGCGACUUUAACAGUGCGCUAAUUAUAUUAAUUUUAAUAAACAUAAAGAAAAAACUAUUCCAUGCUUGUUCGUUGGCACUAAUUGCUAGUCAUUGAAUGAAUCAGCAGCCGGGGUUGUUAUGAAUAGAAUGCGACGCACACGAGACGAUUCCGGUGAAUAGAUCUCGCGUGUCAGCUUUACUUACUCAAUCGAACAACAUGCCUAUCCUGUAUCGCACAAAGCCCUUACGACUCUAGUUUUUGUUUAAAAAGUUGUGCAUUAUAAACUAAGACUAGUGACGCCAGGUCUGUACAUUAAAUAAGAGAAACAAACAAAAAAUUUUCUGGUUUCCCUCAGAACCGAUCUAUUGUAAUUAAAGAGAAAGAUUCGACGAAACUAGUAAUCUAAUAAAAAAAAAAACGAAAGAAGAGAGAACAGAAAUGGAAAACAGAAAACAGAAUACUUGGUAAUGAAAUAAGUGGAUACCGUUGAAGCGACGUCGUUUUUUUGUCGUAACCGCGUAACAUAGUACAUUGUUUUUGUAACAAAUCAUUAUUUUUAUUUUCAAUCUUUACUUAUUAUAUAAUAAUUAUUAUAAGAUAAUAAAAACAAUAUUACAAAUAA